CGCCUGCGCAGCUCACCACUCUCCGGCCAACCUGAAUAUGGCGGGCACGGGCUUGGUGGCUGGAGAGGUGGUGGUGGAUGCGCUCCCCUAUUUUGACCAAGGCUAUGAAGCGCCCGGCGUGCGGGAAGCGGCUGCGGCGUUGGUGGAGGAGGAAACUCGCAGAUACCGACCAACUAAGAACUACCUGAGCUACCUGACAGCUCCCGAUUAUUCUGCUUUUGAAACUGACAUAAUGAGAAAUGAGUUUGAGAGACUGGCUGCUCGACAACCAAUUGAAUUGCUCAGCAUGAAGCGGUAUGAACUUCCAGCCCCUUCCUCAGGACAGAAAAAUGAUAUUACUGCUUGGCAAGAAUGUGUAAACAAUUCUAUGGCUCAGUUAGAGCAUCAAGCAGUGAGAAUUGAGAAUCUGGAACUAAUGUCACAGCAUGGAUGCAAUGCCUGGAAAGUAUACAAUGAAAAUCUGGUUCAUAUGAUUGAGCAUGCACAGAAAGAGCUCCAGAAAUUAAGGAAACACAUUCAGGAUUUAAACUGGCAGCGAAAGAACAUGCAGCUCACAGCUGGAUCUAAAUUGAGAGAAAUGGAGUCAAAUUGGGUCUCCCUGGUCAGUAAGAAUUAUGAGAUUGAAAGGACGAUUGUGCAAUUAGAAAAUGAAGUCUUUCAGAUGAAGCAGCAACACGGAGAGGCAAACAAAGAAAACAUCCGGCAGGACUUCUGAGAGCCGCUCAGCCUGGUGACAGGUGAGAGGAAGCGAGCCAGGCUGCGCAGGCCGGAAGGACAGCUGCAUUAUGGACCACUGCAGUGCUGCGUGCUAGGCGCCGCAGAGUCUGAACUGUUACGUUCCGAGUUCUGUUUGUGUAUUUACCAAAUAAAAACAUUUCGACUGGA